AUGUCUGACAAAAGUGACAACGUUCCUGUGUACGAUGCCUUUGAAAAGAUGCAUUUGAAAGAGGAGAUUUUGAAGGGCAUUUAUAAACAAGGUUAUAGUAAACCCUCCCCUAUACAACAGCGUGCGAUCGUUCCAAUAAGUGAAGGUCGUGAUGUGAUUGCCCAAUCGCAGUCGGGGACUGGUAAGACUGCUACGUUUUCAACUGGAGUAUUACAGUUAGUUGAGCCACAGAAACGGGAGGUACAAGUAAUAAUAGUCUCCCCAACACGUGAAUUAGCAACGCAGUCUGAAAACGUCAUUGAAGGUCUUUCUCAGUACUUAACAAUUUCCGUUCGCGCUUGUGUCGGUGGUAAAUCGGAAAAGGAAGACGUCAAAGCCAUUGAACGUGGGUGUCAAGUCGUAUCUGGUACCCCCGGUCGUUUACUCACGUUGAUCAAAAAGAGGGUUUUAGCCGUUAAAUUUGUCAAAGUGAUAGUCUUAGACGAGGCCGAUCAAAUGCUUGACAAAGGCUUCACUCGUGCCAUUUACGACAUCUUCAAAUAUCUUCCGGAGCGCCGGCAGAUCGUUUUGUGUUCGGCCACAUUAACUCCUGAAGUCCUUGAAAUCGCGAGUUUAUUAAUGAAGAAUCCACUCCGGAUUUUGACCAAACGAGAGAAAGUGACUCUUGACAUCAUCAAACAGUAUUACGUCAAAUUAGCUCGCGAAGAUCAAAAGUUCGAUACUUUAUGUGAAAUUUAUGACACUAUGACUAUCACUCAAUCAGUCAUUUUCUGUAACAUGCGAAAGAAAGUCGACUGGCUAACGGAGAAUAUGCUCAAGGCAAAUUUCCCUGUCAUCUCAAUGCAUGCUGAGAUGCCUCAAGAGGAGCGAGAAUAUGUGAUGAAUGUCUUUCGAAAAGGCGAGAAGCGCGUGUUAAUCACUACAGAUAUCUGGGCAAGAGGAAUCGAUGUCACACAAAUCAGUUUAGUCGUGAAUUAUGACUUCCCCAACAACAGGGAAGUCUAUGUCCACAGAAUCGGGCGGAGUGGCCGUUUCGGCAGAAAUGGCGUUGCAAUUAAUUUCGUGUUAGACAGUGAGAUGAAUGAACUAAAAGACUUAAUGGACUAUUAUUCAACAAAGAUCAAUGUGCUUCCUGAAAACUUUGCUGAUUUGUAG